GCCGACAGCCAGCGUUUGGCGCACCCAGGGAAGCAGGCGCAUGGACCCUUCCACCUGUACAUGGACAAAGCAAAGGAGCCAAACACUUCUGGGAAGACCGUUUCGACCCACACAGGCAUGCCGUGUAGGGAACCGGGUCACAGAAGAACAGGUCCUUGCUUAGGAGUCCCAGCCUGGAUGCAUCACAGGGUGCUUCUCCAAGGCGUGGUGGUGUGAGCUGCUGCUCCCCUGACGUUCUGAUCCAGACUUCAAAUAAUACCCCUCAAGCGCUCUGUCCACGGCUCAAUGGCCCCCUCGCCCCUGUAGCCGCUGCUUCUGAUGUGCCCACACCUGGAUUGGCUGAAGAAGGCACGGGAGGGAAAGAUGCUAGACCUCAGCUUUCUGACCGAAGAGGAGUAUGGGGAGCUGAUGAAGGUGUUGCAGAGGGACGCCGAGCUAAAAAAAAAGGAUGGCGACCGCAUCAGACGACUGCAAGGCUCCAUGAAGGAUGAAAAGAAAAAGAAAUUUGUGACUGGGGAAUGGUUCCAUGAAGUGAAGGCGCAGCGUUUCCAAGAAGUGUUGGAAGGGUCAGAUCUACUCCGCGCUUCCAUUAGAAAGAAACAGAGUGACUCCGGCUAUGAGAAUAAUGAGCAUGCCCAAGAGACUCCUGAAGGCAGAGAUGCCUCAUUGCCGUCGGAAGCAACAGCUUUGCCCUCUGCUAAAUCAGAAGAAGUAAGAUCUUGUGAACCUCCUUUGGAUACUGUGGAAGGACACAGAACCAAGCCUAAGCCAGGAUUGAGGUUGUCUGCCCUGCCCUUCUCUUCAGAAAAGAGAUCUAGCCUGGAAGAUAUCUCUCCAGCAGACAGUGGAGUUGGUGUCAGUCCAUUCCUGGCUACAAGGGGAAACUCACAAGAGUAUGAGAAAGAUCAAGAGAUAUCCUCAGUGAUCUCUGCAAAGCUUUCUGAAAGGGAUCUUGAUUAUUGUUUUUACUCAACUGGAGGGGAUAUUCCUGCUACAGAAAACCGAGGAAUUCAAUCAGCUCAGUGUGCAGAAACCAACUCUCCCAGCAAGAUACCAGUUAAGAGGAAGCCUAGCAAAAGUUUUUUCUGUCCCAUCACAGAUGUAGACAAUGGAGCUGAGAAACCUGAGUCGGAUCUAGCUAAGAGAGAAUCACUGAAGAGCUCAAAACUAGCACCCUCUCUAGGAUGGGAAAAUGGCCAUCUUGUGAAGCAAGGACCCAGUUAUACUAUCUCCUCGAUCAGUAACAAGGAGGAUGAAAUGGGGCUGGAUCGGGAGCAUUUCAAGAACUUGAAGAACUUCUGGGAGAAGGGAAGCGAGUCUGUCUUGGCAAUCGAUACGUCUGAAAAACUGACCGAAAAGACCAACAACAUGGAAGUUAACGGAAGGCCAUCCAAAUUGAACCUGUCGCUCUCACACCAGUGCAACCAAGGCCAAAACAGCGACGACAAGUUCAGUUCUCAAAUGCAUCCCAAAGCCAGGGUCCCCUACAGAAGGCCAGCUGCCGUAUCUUCCAGUGAAGAUGAGCCCACCUAUAUAGCACCACCAAGGAAGGGAUCUGGGUCUUCUAUACCCAGAUCCACCUACGGCAGAAGCAAAGGGGCCAUGAUGAAUAGAAAUAACCUCAGUGAUGGGAACGGGAAGCAUUCUCCAGUGGACGAGGAGAAGAAAGUUCAGCGUUGCCUAAGGAGAUCCAAGUUGCCGGUCCGCGUGCCAUCAGUCAAAAUCGAGACGCCGACCAAAGAGCCGUCUGGGAUCAUUUUUGAGCCGGAGACGCCCGCCGAUGAGUUUGUCAUGGCUGAAGAAAGCAAACGUAGAACGGAUUCGUUGGCCGGCAGGGUUCAGAUAUUGAUAGAAUCUGUGCCUUCAGAGGAUGCUGAUCAACUUGCUACUGGUGUUGGAGGAAGCUCUGAUUUAAGCCCUCCAGACAAGCGAGGAAGCAGUGAGAUGAUGGCUGAAGAUGAACCACGUUGCACUGGAGGUGACCUGCCGCAAAAUGAAGCCGUGGCUGAAAGAGGAGCCGGUCAAGAAAUGGAUUCUUGUGUGCUUUCAGAGGGAAACGGACCUCAGUCCCCCGCCGCCAAGAAAUUAAUACGCGCCAACGGCUACAGUCUUGCGAAAAGCAUGGUGAACCUCUACACAACCGCGGAGACCUACACGAAGCCGCAAAUGCUAACCCACCAGUACCUUGAGCCUGAGAGAGCCAAAGACUUGACCAAAUCUACUCCUCUCCUGCUUUCCGAGACCGAAUCUGACACCGCUUCGGAAAUCAGCUUCCAGUUUAGCAGGCACAAGAAGAGUCCGAGUAUGGGAAGCCAUUCCUCCGAUAUGGCCUCUGUCUCCUCGGUGAGCGGCAGCGUCCUGAGCGUGUAUAGUGGGGAUUUUGGGAAUGUCGAUGCCCAGGGUCUCGUUCAAUUUGCCUUGGAUUACGACGAGAAAAACCGGGAAUUCCAAAUUUUCGUCUCCCAGUGCCAGGACCUGGCUGUUGUGGAUGAGAAGAAAGGCAGGACGGACCCGUAUGUCAAAACGUACCUGCUUCCAGAUAAAGCACGGAUGGGGAAGAGGAAGACGUCCGUCAAGAAGAGAACGGUCUGCCCUCUUUACAACGAGGUGUUGAGGUACAAAAUAGAAAAAAUGGUUUUGCUGAUUCAAAAACUGAACCUCUCCGUAUGGCACAACGACCCCCUAGGACGGAACAGUUUUUUGGGCGAGAUGGAAAUAGACCUGGCCGGUUGGGAUUGGCGGAAUAAUAAACUGAACUGGUACAUGCUCAAACCACGGAGUCUCUCGACCAUCAAUUGCGUCGAUCAUCGGGGAGUGAUUAAUCUUUCCAUCAAGUACAUCCCGCCAGGAAGUCUAGGUCGAAAGACUCCUCCAUCUGGAGAGGUCCAUAUCUGGGUGAAAGACACCAAAGACCUCCCACAGUUACGUCCCUCUGGAGUGGACUCCUUCGUGAAAUGCUACGUUCUUCCAGACACCAGUAAGAAGAGUUAUCAAAAAACCCGAAUUGUCAAGAGAGACUCCAACCCCGUCUUUAACCACACAAUUGUGUAUGACGGAUUCCACACGGAGGACCUGAAAGAUGCCUGCGUAGAGCUGACCAUCUGGGAUCACGAAAAGCUCACCAACCACUUCCUUGGAGGGAUCCGUCUAGGUCUUGGAACAGGUUACAGCUAUGGGAUUGCUGUGGACUGGAUGGAUUCCACACAAGAGGAAGUGGCCUUCUGGCAGGAAAUGAUGUCGACGGCCAAUGAAUGGAUUGAAGGAUCCCUGCCUUUGCGUUCCUUGGCUGGGAAAAGGAAGCUGAAAUGAACGUUUUGGCACCUGGCGAGAGACAGAAGAGGAAUUUGUCAGGCAUCAGGUUAUUUUGAUCGUAUUUGCGACAUCCUUCAAAGAAGCAAAGAGCUACGAAUUAUUCCUUAUCUCAGAGAGAACUGGAAAGACGUAAUACUGAAAUCACUCCUCAGCUCAGCCAAAAGGCAUGGAGGGACUCCUGUUUACCUUUGUGGCAUGAACUACACCUUGGAGUUUUUAAUGAGAUUUUGACUACAUGCCCAGAAGGCAGAGAAGAAGAGAUGGAAACAUUUUAUUGGGGCAGGGGGUAAAUUUAAUUUUAUUAAUCUUUCCAUGGUGGUUUUGGCUAGCACAUGCACCCACCAAGAAAGCACGCACACAGAAACACACACACACACACACACACACACACCAUGACAAAAAACUUGGAACCCUGCGGUCUGAUGUGAAUGAUCCAUGAAAAGGCUGUACUAGGAUACGAAUGCAGUCUCUUUUCUUUUGUUACGCUGAACCAAAGGAUUGAUCUAUCUUGCCAAUAUCCAUCUAGGUAUUCUAGUCUGACCCAGGGGCAGGCCAAAUGUAGAGCCUGUAGUGUGGUGGCCCCUUCUCUUUGGAACUCCCUGCCCCUGGAGGUCAGCUAGGCGACAACACUUCGCUACUUCUAGUGCCUUCUGAAAACUACUCUUUUCCAAGAAGCGUUCCUCAACUGACCAGCCACUGUUGUUGUUGUUUUUUAUUGGUACUUGCUUUUAAAUUGAUUUUAAUUUGAAGUUUUAAUCUUCUUUUAUCUUUUUGCUGUUUUAUUCUUAUGUCCACCGCUCCGGAAUCUGUUUCAGGUAUG